CCCAGUCCCAGCACCCCCCCAGGAGGGGCAGGAACUCACAUCCCAGCCGUCCUGGUGGAGUUUCCGACACAGGAAAACGCAGCGGCGCCGAGCGGGGCGGUGGGGGUGGCCGUGCCGGGAGGCAGCGCCGCGGCCCCGCCAUGGACUGCGAGGCCAAGAAGGGGAAGAAGGGCUUUGUGUCGCCCAUCAAGCGGCUGGUUUUCCCCAAGGCGGCUCGGAGGCCGGCACUCCGCAGCAGCGUCUACCGACGGCCGCUGCACUCCGUGCCCCUCUACCCCCCCGACUAUUUGAUCGACCCCCAGAUCUUGUUGCAUGACUACGUGGAGAAGGAGGUGAAGUUUUUAGGCCACCUGACAUGGGUGACAGCCUCCCUGAACCCCUCCAGCCGGGACGAGGUGCUGCAGCUGCUGGACACGGCCAGACAGCUGAAGGAGCUGCCGCUGCAGACGACGCCGGAGCAGGACAGCAUCCUCAGCCUCUCAGCACGCUGCCUCCUGCUCACCUGGCGCGACAACGAGGAGCUGAUCCUGCGCAUCCCCACCCACGAGAUCGCCGCGGCGUCCUACCUGCGCGAUGACGCCCUGCACCUCCUCAUCCUCAAAACCGGCCUGGGAGUGGACCCGGUCCCCGCCGGAGCGCACCCCGAGGUGGCUCCGGCCGGUGUACCGGAGGCGUUUCCCGCCGAGAAGCGGCCGGGGGGCUCGUGGCCGGAGGGGGGACGGCUGGGGGGCCCGAUGGAGCGUCGGCACACCAUCUGCAGCCUGGACUGGCGAGCGGCACGGGGCGGGCAGGAAGGCCGGCAGGGCGGCAGCCUGGAGCGGCGGCGGGGCGGCAGCUGGGAGCGGCGGCAGCGCGGGCGGCCCUCGGGCAGCUGGGAGCGACGGCAGCCCUGCGGCGGCAGCUGGGAGAGGCGACGGGCCGGCACUGCCGGCGGCAGCUGGGAGCGUGGCACGGGCUUCGGCAGCUGGGAGCGGCGGCACGCCGGCAGCAACCCCCUGGACCCCCAGGAGCCCUGCCCCGACGCCUACUCCAACCUCAUCAUCCUCGCCGUGCCCAACAGGGAUGCCGCCGAGGAGUCCUGCGCGCUCAUCUGCCAGGUCUUCCAGAUCAUCUACGGGGACCAGAGCAUCGAGUGCGUGGACCGCGCCGGGUACCACUACACCUCCACGCCCACGCGGCCCUGGCUCUCCAGCAGGAGCGAGAGCUGCCGCACAGACGGGACGUACGGCUACGAUGCCGACUUCAGCUGCUGCAGCUCUUUCAAUGGCUCCCACGAAACCUUCGAAGCGUAUUACAGCGGUGCCUCCUCGCCCUCCUUCCACCGGUCCCACCACAGCCUGGCCACCGCCUGCAGCGGCAGCGACCAGAGCGGCGCGGGGCUGGAGCAGCUGCAGGACUACAUGGUGACGCUGCGCAACAAGCUGUCGCCGCAGGAGAUCCAGCAGUUCGCCCUCCUGCUCCGGGAGUAUCGCCUGGGCACGCCGGUGCGGGAGUACUGCGCCGAGCUCCUGCGCCUCUACGGGGACCGCAGGAAAUUCCUCCUCCUGGGAAUGAGGCCCUUCAUCCCCGACCAAGACAUCGGGUACUUUGAGACCUUCCUGGAGAGCAUCGGCAUCCGCGAGGGCGGGAUCCUCACCGACAGCUUCGGCCGCAUCAAGCGCAGCAUGAGCAACACGUCGGCCUCGGCCGUGCGCAGCUACGACAGCUGGUCCCUGCGCUCCGAGUCCGAGUCCUUCAACCGCAUGAUCACGGACAUCACCCACGACAUCGAGGCGCUGGCGCGGGAUGAGGAAGAGGAGGAGGAGGAGGAAGAGGACAACUACCUCUGAGGGAGUGCCGAAACCCAGCGCUCCCCUCCCCGCUCACCGACACGGUGCUGCACCUCCAAGCCCAGACUUGCCAGGUGUCCAGCUCUGCCCCAGUGCCUCGGAGGGGGGACAUUGUCACUGCGGGAGGGGACAGGGCCUCUGUACCGCGCUGGCAGCUCUUGGCAGGGCUGACGGCAUCACAAGGCAGCCAUGGUGGUGGGGGACACCCUGGCCGGCAACACCAUGUGCUGUAAUUUCUGCAAAUUGCAAUUAAAUGCCAGGGCUGGGA